AUGCGACUAGGCGUCUUUGGGUCGCUAUGCCUUCACGCCUGGCUGCCUCUCGCAUUAGCGGCACAGACUUCAUGGUCUUCUCCAACGACGCAGUCGACGACGCUCGUUGAUGCGCUCUCUAACGACACUGACUAUACGCUCCUCCUUCGCCUGCUCCAGCGAGCGAAGCUAAUUCCCACCCUGAACAAGCUCAAUGGUAGCACCCUAUUCGCUCCUACUAACGAUGCGAUCGAGCGACGUGCCUCCUCUGAUGCACUGUGGCAGGCUGCCCUAGACGACGAAUCGGACUCCCUUAGAGAUAACCGUCAAGAGAAACUAAGGCAGGAGCUAUUUUACCAUCUAUUAAACUACUCUGUAUUGGCCCUUCCAACGGAUUCGGACCCUGAGGUACACAAGACCCUCCUUUUCCCUCGUAAAGCUGGGGACCCUCCAACUCAUGAGCCGCCACCUUCUCCCCCGUGGAUGCCGGUGCCGGGCGGCACAUUGGGCGGAGAACCUCAGCGUUUGCGAGUUGCCUCGCAUGACGGCGGGGUGCGGGUGGGAGUCAAUGCUUUCGGCCGAGGGGGCGCUGAGAUAGUCAAGGGAAAGGUGGAAGCAGGCAACGGCGUAUUGCUGGGAAUAGGGGAUGUAUUGCAGGUGCCGCCAGACCUGGCCACCGUCGUCCCUCAGCAUCCGUCCUUGUCCUACUUUACCAAGAUCCUUACACCAGAAAUUGCAAGCUACCUCAACAGUACAUCGGAGCUCACCCUCUUCCUGCCUGUUGACUCUGCAUGGGAGGCUUUGCACCCGAUCGAACGGUUGUACUUGGAGAGCGAAUUCGCCACUGAUGACCUAUACCGGAUCCUGGAAAUGCACGCUGUGGUCGAAAAAGGUGUCAAUUGGUCGGACAAUUUCCAGCCUGCGGUCAACCUUACGACAGUCGACGGGAAUAAACUAGAGAUUGUCGUCACGCCAGAGAAGACCGUCGUUUCUAGUGCGGAGCUCGUCGAACCGGACAUCUACGCGUCUAACGGUGUCUUGCAUACCGUUUCGUCGUUACUCGUACCGCCCGGCGCACUCAGAUUGACGCCGGAGAAGUACCUCCUCGCCCUCAACUGUACUUCCUUUGUCUCUCUGCUACACUCCGUCAACCUGACUUCCCUCAUCAACGACACUGACUCUCAGUAUACGAUCCUCGCACCCAGAGAUGACGUCAUUGGCUUGUUUGGGGACGACGACUUGCCCGAGCGCGGAAGCGAGGAAUUGAAGAAGCUGUUAGAGUAUCACUUCAUACCGGGGAAAUGGGCUCCUGCCAAGCUGCGUGAUGGUAUGCUGCUAGAGACAGCCCUUACCGAACUUGGCCUUGAUGGCGGUCAUCAAGUACUCGGAAUUGAAGUCAGCGACGAUGGAAAGAAGGACGGGGCAGAUCGAACUGUAAGGUUCGGUGGGGCUGGUGUUAUCGGCGAUACGAUCGAAGUUAACAAUACCUUGAUUUACUUCAUUUCGAGGCCUCUAGUACCCCCGGUGGAUCCUCUGCAGACGGCUUUACCCAAGCUUGAGCUUUCGAGUUUCCUAGCAGCUGUCUUUUCGACGUCGCUGGCGGAUGCUCUGAAGACCAUUCCUCGGACGACCUUCCUCAUCCCUCAUAAUGUCGCGUUCGAGCGUCUGGGCAUGCUCGUUAGCGCUCAUUUACUCUCCUCAUCCGGGAAAUCCGAUUUGGAGCAUGUAAUUCAGCACCAUAUACUCGACAGUGUCGAAUAUGCCGCUAGCCUACAAAACGGUUCCCAGCGGACGUUUCCCACUUUGGAGGGAAGUGACAUCCACCUGGACAGGUCCGGCAAUGGUUCGGUUAUUGUCAGUGCCAGCGGCGGCUGGGCGGGCAUGGUGUCGGAGCUUUACCCUCAGAACGCACUAACGUCUACUGGUGUCAUCCACGAGAUUUCGGAUAUCAUGAUCCCGCGAUCGGUGAAUCUCACAGUCGGGAAGUUGGUCAAAGCCGCCAAGGGGUCGACUAUGACGAGUUUGGUUAUCAAGGCCGGGAUGGACUGGAUCUUGAACGGCACUGCUCCUCCUGAAGGGUCUCCCUGGGCUGAUGUGGAAUUGCCUCCUGCUGGUUGGACACUGCUAUGUCCGACGGACGACUCGUUCAAGCAGUACAACCUCACGAAACUAUACUCAGACCCAGUCCGGCUGAGGGCUAUCGUCGCCCAACAUCUCAUCCCUACCGCCAAAUCGCCCGCACCCCCAUCGCUCGACGUGUUUGAUGUCCUGAACAAUAAUCGACCGCUGUCACUGCAGGAUUCGGCCACCUACUCGACUCUGCUGUCACCAAACUCGGCGUACGGCGAUAUUGUCGUCCGCGAGAUGCAGGGUGACAGUGGAAGUCAGUACGUCCUCGGUAUCAAGGGCGCCAGAGGGACGAAUGGGGACGCGGAUUGGGCUCGGGUGCUGUCUUGGGGACGGUCAACCACCGGCGGCGGCACUGGAGGGGUCAUCCAGAUCGAUACGUUGCUGAUCCCGUACCAGCCCCCGUGGUGGAUCGAGUAUGGCGCCCCCGUAGCGGUGGGCGUUCUCGGCGUAGAGUCACCAGCAGUAGAGGAGGCAAAGGGUGUUGCUGCAGAGAACAUCAAGUCGUUCACGGCGGGAGGCGUCGGAGGUAUAUGUGCGGUUCUAGUUGGGCAUCCGUUUGACCUGACGAAGACGCGUCUACAAACGGCUGCCUCUGGUACAUACACCGGUGCACUAGAUGUCGUCCGGAAAACGCUGGCUCGUGACGGUGUGGGCGGACUGUACCGGGGUAUCGUCCCGCCAAUAUUGGGGGUCACACCUAUCUUUGCCGUAUCAUUCUGGGCGUACGAUGUUUCGAAGAAACUGAUCUACGCAGUUACCCCUAAUCGGACAGAAAAGAAUCUGUCAAUACCCGAGCUCGCUACCGCAGGUUUCCUAUCGGCCAUCCCAACGACCCUUGUAACUGCGCCAGUGGAACGCGCGAAGGUUGUGCUGCAGGUCCAAGGGCAGGGAAAGUCGGACACGCAAUAUAAGGGCGUAAUCGACGUCAUACGGGGUUUGUACAAGGAAGGUGGUAUCCGGAGUAUCUUCCGAGGAUCAGUCGCCACGGUUGCGAGAGAUGGGCCCGGAAGUGCAGCAUAUUUCGCGGCGUAUGAAGUCACCAAGAAGGCGCUCACGCCAGUGGGGUCUUCACCAAGCGAGCUGAACCUUGGUGCAGUGAUAACCGCCGGCGGCAUGGCGGGCGUUGCAAUGUGGGCGGUAGCAAUCCCUCCGGAUGUUCUCAAGUCUCGCAUCCAGUCUGCACCGAAUGGGGUGUAUUCUGGAUUCCUGGAUUGCGCGAGGAAGACUAUCGCCGCUGAUGGCGUAGCAGCGCUGUGGAAGGGGUUCGGACCUGCAAUGGCUCGAGCUUUCCCGGCGAAUGCGGCGACCUUCCUCGGCGUUGAGUACUCGAGACAGUUACUCGACAAGUUCUUCUGA